AAUGCACAUGGCCACUAUAGUAUGUUAGUUCAAGCUCUUUACGGGAGACUUGAAAGGUCAGAAUCCCACCGUGGCCAUUAGGUAGAGGAUUCUUCUAGUACCUUUCUCCUGUCAACGGGUCACGACUGCAUCAUGACAGAAACUUUGAGCUAUCAUUACAUUAUUGUCGGUGGCGGUAUUGCCGGCUCAGUAGUAGCCUCUCGCCUUCAUGAAAAACAUCCCAAGUUAUCCAUUCUUCUCAUCGAAGCAGGGCCAGAUGUCUCCAAGAAUCCAUUGGUAACAGAUUCAGCAAAUGGCCCGUUCCUAGUAGGCUCGGAACUAGAUUGGGGUUAUUCCACCGUUCCGCAGCGCCAAUUAAACAACAGAAUCUUGCCCAAUAACGCUGGAAAAGCUCUUGGAGGAGGUUCAGCAAUUAACGCGGGUGAGUUUGAAUUCCCAUCUCGCGUGGGAUCGAAAUACUGAUUUUGAAUCAAGGUGGAUGGAUCCGUGGCGAUGCACAUGAUUACAAUGCCUGGGGAAAACUGGUAGAUGACCCCAGAUGGAGCUAUGAUGGGUUGCCUCCUUACUUCCGUCGGACAGAACAUUAUCACAAACUAGGUCUGGAUACCCAGCACGGGUACGAAGGACCCCUUUACACCCAAUCAGUUUCAUCCACCGGACGGGAAUAUCCUUUGCGUGAUACUCUGCGAAAGGCCUGGGAAUCUAACGGCAUGAAGUAUAACGAAGAUGCCAAUUCCGGCUCGCCACAGGGACUUUCUGAGCUUGUAGAAAACCGGAAAGAUGGCCAGAGACAAGUAGCGAGCACCACAUAUUCCCUUACGGGAGUUGAAGUUAUGACAUCGACCACGGUCGCCCAUGUACUCUUUGAUACUCAAUGUACGAAACCCAAGGCGACGGCCGUAGAGCUUGUAGAUGGCAGCAAAAUUGUCACCACGAAGGAAAUUGUCAUAUCUUGUGGUGCAUUCCGCACUCCUCAAAUCUUAUUGCUCUCUGGAAUUGGGCCCAAAGAACAUUUAUCGAGCCAUGGCAUCCAUCAAAUUAUCGAUGCUCCCCAUGUUGGACAGAAUCUGCAUGAUCAUAUGUCAGUGGGUCAAUGGUGGAAAUUGAAAAAGGCCAGAAGCAGGAUACGCUCUCGGAUCUCCCCUUUUAAACAACCCCAACUUCGCGAAAGGCACUCCCAUGGACUGGGUGGUCACAUAUUCAGUCCCUCAUGA